GACGGAAAAACGACUUUAUAUCGGAGUUGUCUCGAGAUGGCUAUGCAUUUUCAUGGCAUAAGGCUAGUAAGCAUAUCAUUUCUCCAUUUAAUACAGACGGUCGACGUAAACAACCCUCAUCGAAUAUUCUAAAUUGGAUUACAAUAAUGAGAUGCAUCCACCAAUCCAAAGAAAGGUUAGGCGGGAGUUAGGUAGCCCGGUGAGUCGCUUUGUGGACAACGACUCCCAUUGUUAGAGCGGAGAGAUAUAUAACCUGUCAGUAUAGCCAUAAUCUUUGAUAAAAGUCCAUUAACAAAGAAGUAGACCAGACCCAGCUGCUAUUGCAUUGAUGUCUAUAGGAGACACAUCUAGUUAAGUAGACCGGAACUGACCUUUUUGUAAACGGCGAGUGACCCAUCUUCAUUUAUCCACCAUCUUUGGUGUUUUCAGAAGGAUGCAGAGUAUGUAAACAAACAACAAUGGCAGCCGUAGGCCUGGUUCUAUGCAGCCAGACGUUAGUUCUACAUAGUUAUCAAGGUAUAUCAGACCCAUAUCCAUCCAUACAGAACACCUGUCGGCUCUGCGGACAAAAUCUGCUCAUCAAAGGGACAUUACAGGCAACACGGAGAAUAUUUGACAAGCCUAAAGCCUCAAAGGAAAAAAAGUUGUGUGACAGAUUCCUUGCCACCGGUUUAGUGCUAACUGAGGCACCAGGGGUGAAGUCGGGCAGAAUUUGUGCUAAGUGCUAUCGACUAUUUCUCAGGAUAGAGGAAUCUGUAAGCGUUUUAAAGAAAUGGCAAUCAGAGCAUCAGACACAGGGGACGAGCAAUAAGAGGAAGCGUGAAUUGGAACCGAGUCCGUCUGAAACAGACAGGGCUGCCAAGAAGACAUCGUCUGAACCGGAGCCGAGAACAUAUGAAACAGACAAGGGAGCCAAGAAGAAAUGUCCUCCCUAUAAAAAGGUUCCCCCGAGGAGCAGUCUUGUCGAGGUUGUCAUAACAUACCCUAACCAAUUGGAUCCAAAGCUGAAAAAGAGAGUUGAGAAAGUUUCAUCAGAAUUUUCUGGAAUGGUUGAAAACUUGGCAAAAGGCAAAUUGACGACAUUUGUCAGGUUAGCCUUGACGAAUGAAACCAUGUGUCAAGAAAUCAGAACGCAGAUGACACAGAAAAUAGAAGCAGAGGUCAAGGCGUAUGCAAGACCUUUAAAUUACUUGACUUCUGCUGAACCUUGCAUCUUGAGUAGUACCUCGUUGGAGAACAUGAAGUGUUUUUCAUACCAAGCGUUGGAUGAUGAGUUAUCCAGGAAGACACCAUGGCUUUAUACCACCAUCAAUACCGCAACAGGUGGUUCCACCAUCCAUAACUGUGUGGCUGCAUCUGUGGCCCUGAGAGGUAGAAACCCCAGGCUUUCUGCACUGGCCUAUGUCAUCAACUCAACACUGACCCAAGGGGGGGUUAAGCCCAUUUUCAAAAGACUCUCUAAGAUGGGCAUAACAACCACACACAGCAAUGUCCUAAAUAAGCAGAAAGAGAUGAAGGCAGCUGGGUACAACAUCAACAUCAAAUGCUGGAGGGAGGACUGUGAGCUGUUUUUCCAACACAGUGUCAGCGGUGAAGUCUGCCCACGACCACCUCCUACUGCUAAACCGACAGAGGAGACCGGAAGAGAGGAAGAGGAGGAGGAGGACAGGAGUCCAGUGGAGGAUGAGUUUGAAAUAGAGCUGGACUGGGGUCCACUGGAGGAAGAGGGUGAAGGAGAUGAGGAAGAGUGGAGUCCACUGUCAGAAGAGACAGAAAGAGAGGAGGACAGAGGAUCUACAGUGCAGGAAGAGAGAGGAGAGGAGAAAGACAGGGGUUCUGUGCUAGGAGAGACAGAAAGAGAGGAGGCCAGAGGAUCUACAGUGCAGGGAGAGGGAAGAGAGGAGAAAGACAGGGGUUCCCUGCUAGGAGAGACAGAAAGAGAGGAAGACAGAGGAUCAACAGUGCAGGAAGAGAGUGAAGGAGAGGAGGAAGACAGGGGUUCCCUGCUAGGAGAGACAGAAAGAGAGGAAGAGGGACAUGCAUCAUCAGCACGACAAGGAAAUGACAGACAGGAAGAGGACUCUGAUUCAACAGUGGAUUCAGAGUCUGAAUACUUUGGAUUGAACCUCACCUAUAAUGCGAGACUGCUGGGUGGAACACUAGCCUUCCAGGUGCUGUCCUUCACGGAUGGAAGCGCCAACGCACAGGGCUCUGGGAGAACAACGCACAGGACUCUGGGAGAACAACGCACAAGACUCUGGGAGAACAACGCACAGGACUCUGGGAGAACAACACAGGACUCUGGGAGAACAACGCACAGGACUCUGGGAGAUCAACACAGGACGCUGGGAGAACAACACAAGACUCUGGGAGAACAACGCACAGGACUCUGGGAGAACAACACAGGACUCUGGGAGAACAACACAGGACUCUGGGAGAACAACACAGGACUCUGGGAGAACAACACAGGACUCUGGGAGAACAACACAGGACGCUGGGAGAACAACACAGGACGCUGGGAGAACAACACAGGACGCUGGGAGAACAACACAGGACGCUGGGAGAACAACACAGGACUCUGGGAGAACAACACAGGACUCUGGGAGAUCAACACAGGACUCUGGGAGAUCAACACAGGACUCUGGGAGAUCAACACAGGACUCUGGGAGAUCAACACAGGACUCUGGGAGAUCAACACAGGACUCUGGGAGAUCAACACAGGACUCUGGGAGAUCAACACAGGACUCUGGGAGAACAACACAGGACUCUGGGAGAACAACACAGGACUCUGGGAGAACAACACAUAA